GAGUUUGAAACUGUGAAUGUAAACUUAGUAAACAGCACUUCAGGCAUAAUGAUGCAGGCCCCCAAGGAAAAAACUGAAAGGGCGGAUGUCUGCGACAGCUGUAAGAAGAAAAAAGAAAUAACAUCACACUGUGAUGUCUGCAAACAGUCCUAUUGUGAAAUUUGUACUCAGAAACAUAAUACAAACGGGGCAACUAAAGAACAUCUCCAAGCUUCCUCUGGUGGGACAACAAUUCAGGAGAGUUAUAAUGAACAAUGUCGAAAUGUACGAGGAGAAUAUCGGGCAACACAUCACAAACACACACCAACCACCGUUCCAGGGGAUGAUAAGGGAGCAGCCUGUACUUUAGGUAUGGUUAUUCUACCAGAUGGUCGUCUGGUUGUCAUUGACAAUCGACAUAAAAGUCUUAAACUUUUCAAUUCAGAUCGUUACACGUAUGCGUUUAGAAGGAAUUUCACUCACGAACCAAGAGGAAUAGCAGCCAUUUCUGGUAAAGAGAUAGCCAUUACAUUUGCUGACAAACAUGUCGUAAGGAUGUUCCUUGUACAGCAAGGAAGUUUUGAGGAUACCGGAAAAUUUAAAUUAGAAGAAAAGCCAUUUAGUAUUUCAUACAGUGAAGGUAACGAAAAAAGCUUGGCAAUUGAAGUCGGAGAGGGAAAAUAUGGAGCAAUAAUAAUCACUAAUUUGUCCGGAGUUGUACUUAAAGAAAUCUCUGGAUAUACCAGACGCUUUGGAAUAUUUACUGGAAAUACCAUUCGAUUGGUACAUGAUCAAGGUAAACAACUGCUUUAUAUCGCAGAUCUUACAAAGGACUGUGUCAAUUGCGUGGAUUAUGAUGGAGCCAUUGUGUGGAAGGUGCGAGUAAAAUCCCCUAGAGGAAUUCACCACCAUGGCAACACUUUGUUUAUAGCUAGUAAAUCUAAAAACGAAAUAUAUCAAAUGAAAACAGAACUCGGAGCAGAUGAACUCCCAAUUGUGUAUCUUCUUCUGGACAGCGAGGAUGGCAUCAUCGAACCAAGAUUUCUGUCCUACAAUGCACAGGCUAAAAGACUCGCUGUCGAAGUAGCUGGAAACCUCAUUCAAACGUACAACUGUUCAAAUCGUAAUUAAUACGUUGUCGAACAACAAUCGAACUGUAGUGUUUUGUACUUCCUAUUUAUUACAGUAGAAACAGCAUUUCGUAGCAUUGAUCCAGUUUUCCGUUUCUGCUUAAACUUAGUAUGACGCUUCAAUGUAGAUCAUUCCUGCUUACAUUGUGUUUUCACCUGGGAGAGUGGGGGUAUCGAUUCAGUUAUCAACAAUUUAACACGGGAAUAAGUUUUUCUUUUCGCAUCAAUUUGAUGUGUGCACAAAACUUCUAUGGGCGUUAACAAGAUUUUAUUUUUUAAUUAGAUCUUGUUAACCCCUUCGAGUUAUGAAAAUGGGAUAAAAAGAAUAAAAAAGACAACAAACUGAGAUCCUCUAUACAACUCGGAAUUUCUUUAAUUUGAACUUGUGUUGUUAUCCGGACUGUUAACCCUAUACUGGAAAGCAAGCGACAAAAAUAGUCAAAUGGACAUUUGCAUAUAGGAAUAUUACGUCAGAAGUUCCGUAAUAAAACUUUUAACCAUAAGAGUUGCAAUGACGAAAUUAAAAAUGGUCAUCAUUUCUAAAUUCCAAGAAGCAUUUAAACAUUAAUUAAAAAAAUAAUGCUGAUUCGACCCUACCCAUAAUCAUAUUGCAAUAUUACGUACGGUCUUACGAUAUAAGUUUAAGCAAAGAGUAGAUCACAAGAGGAUUCAUGACUGUUGCUGGAUAGAGUAAAAAAUCAUUGGUUUCCCGUAAAAUAAAUCUGGAAACUAGAUAUUGUACUGACACAAUAUCUUAAAAAGCAUAACUUUGUCGCCAUCUUUGCAACUUAAGUGUUCAAAAUAUAAAUAAAUACAUAACGUAAAUAAAGCAUUACCCAUAUUCUGCCUGAAACGGCAGACAAACUGUCGUUCGGAAGUACCUCUUCGUAAUAUGUCUCAUCAGAAAUUUAAGAUUGAAAAAUGAAAACAAAUCAAAAUGAUGACCGUGGGCAUGACUCCUUAGUCUGCUUUUACCCGAAAAACAUGGAUGAAAUUGCAACAGUAUGAAAUGUCUGCCUUAAAUACUUUUUGAACCGAUAAUAGUCUUGAAAAUGUUAAAUUUCAAAGUGAAGGAAGCAUUUCCAAUUACAGAAGAUAAGCAACAAAAAGCAGUUCCUGCUGAACGAGACAUUAAAACGAUAAACAGAUAUUUGAAUAGACGAAACAUACCUUUGUUUAUUACUCCAAAUACUCAAUUUUACAGUUAUUGCCAUCACCAUCUCAUUCUCAGUAACCCCCGAAUAAAAACUCAUGACAAAAUUAUCAUAAUUACAAUAUGGCACUGGCUACGAUUAAUUAAAGUACUGAACAUCGGAUGACCGCAAGUUCUGGUGGAUGGUGGAU